UUCCCAAACUUUUUUGUGUGGUUUUUCCAGUUAUUAAUAGGGCACCUGUUUAUGCAUUUUUUUUUAAUUCAUCAACUAUAAAUGCGUUUGUUUAUCACUGAUUGCUAAAUCAUACAUAUUUAUUUCAAACGUUCCAAUUAAAUGAAAGCAAAAUAAAAUUUAAUAAUUAUUACAUGAAUUAAGCUCUCCCCAACCCAAAGAAAAAAAAAAAAGCUAUUUUUGGAAUUCUUCAAUAAUAUUUUUCGAAAUUGGGCUUCAAUCUAGGAAAGCCUGACAAAGUGAUAAGUGGUUUAUAAGUUGUCUGCAUUGAAGAGCCUCUUCAAUUUUUGAAAUUAAAGAAGAACCACGGUAACCGAACUUUUUUUGUUCUCAAAACUAGAGUUGAAAUUACAUAUGCAGGUAAAAUGGUAAGACGUCAGGUUUUGAUGUGGUUUUUCCUUCUGUUAGUCACAAUAGGAAGGUGAAACAAUUAAUUAACUAAAAUGUAUGUAUAAUCUAAAGUGUAACUAUUUUGGCGUUAGUGAAACCAUAAGUUGAACAUAAUUUAAUUGAAUGGUAAAAAAAAUAUAUACUGGCAAAACAAAAGUUAUUAAUUUUAAAACUUUUACUGGUGAAAUAAGAAACAUAUAAAAUACUCAAUAUUCAAAAAAAAAAUAAAGCCUGUGAGAAUGGGUACGAUGUACUGGCCGCUACUGACAACACAUUUUUUACCAUAUAUUUGUUAGUUUUGAAAGAAGUGGCCAUCUAAUUGAUUUUAUUCUUUCUUGCUUUUUUUUUAGAUGGUAUAAAGUUUUACUUUACAGCAAAGUGAUUGUUUUGAAAUGAAGAUACUUGUCUUGGCUGCUUUUCUUUUUGAUUGUUCAUUUUCUACUUCUUGUAUAGAGGAAGGCAGAAGUAUAAGUCUAUUUUUUGAAAGCAAUCAUACUUCAGGAGAGGAAAUAAAAAUUGCUUGGUACAAAGGUGACAGCAUUGUCUCAAUAUGCUCUGUUACUGACGGAUGUAAAGAUCUAGAUCGAAACACAGUUGAAUCAUCAUUUGAGUUUUUUAAAGACAACAGCACAUUUACAACUUGUAUAGUUAUUAAAAAGAUUUCGAGAACUGAUGGUGUUUUGUGGAAAUUAAAAUACCUCGGAGAGGCGAAAAUUGAACACCCUGGUGUGCUCUACUCUCGUGAAUUAACAUUAUGCGAUAUAAAGACAACGUCGCCAUUCUCUAGAUUUCCUCAAGAAUCUUCGUCUGUCAUUUCGAAUAUGAAGCAAGAAGACACAGAGUUUGAGACCAAGUCUAGGAGAUUAUAAAGAAAAAAGAUGAAGCUGUUACCUGAAAUUUUGGCCUUCAAGAUACUCAGAAAGGAAGAAUCACAAAGAAUAAGCAAAAUGUGGGACAUCAUGGUGUUAGACAAGUAAAAGGUGCAAGUCAGAUUAGAAGCAAGGAUAAGAUAAAAGGCAGAGACCAUGGAAAAAACAAUGCUAAUCAACGAAUACUAAAACAAGACGUCAGAGAUGUCAGUUCAACGAAAAGAGAAAAACUUUAAGUAGAGGUGGAAUUUUUUUGACAUGCACACAGAAAUCUUUGGUCUAAAUGUCCAGACAGUUGGGAACAUUCGUUAAAGAAGGUUAACGUUAUGGAGACAUAAGAAACAACGGGUCUGUUCACUAGAAACACUAUUUAUCUAUUUUUACUGCUCACAAGUUUGUCGUAUGUUAGACAAAGAUAAUGUACAUUUAUUUGCUCUAGUCAUCAUAAGUUUUAUGCUUAAAGAAACAUUUUGUUUUUAUAACAAAUGGUACUACUUUCUGUAUUGUAUUCUUUGUGAGUCACUAAUGGUUUACUCACUGCGCAUCAAGCGUAAGGAUAAUAUUGCAACAGAGCAGACUUCAGAGCCAUGUUGACAGUUUUGACCCAAAGACAUAGACUUGUUACUUCAAAUGAUAUGCCACAACUUCUUGUCAAAGUUGUAGGGUGGAUUACUGUCGAGCUAUUAGAUUUUUUCACUCAUUUACCGUCUUUGUGUGACAAAAAACAAAAACAACAACAACAUUUUCUUAAACCUAAUCGUAUAAAGCUAAGUGCAUUUUUGAUAAAAACGUAUAAACUAUGUGAAAAAAGUUAAUCAACACUUUUCACAAUGAACUUUAAUAUUACAAUCAAAGAGAGCAGUGAGAGCGAAGAAAAAAAUGUGGUGUCAUGAAUGUACUAGACUGUUUAAAAAGACAUUUAGCUCCAAUCCUAAAGUUUUACCACCUCUAGAGCUUUAUGCUCAAGACAUUUAUCCCCAUUUCUGAUGUUAUACCAACCCUAUAUCCUCAAGACAGUAAGCUCCGAUCAUGUAAACAAAAAUAA